AUGGGCCUUGGUGUCUUUGAAGACCAGAGGCUUGACCACGUGCCGGGAACGGUAUUGCUCAACGACGAAGCCGCGCACGCCGAAAAUCUCACGCAGCGACUGAAACAUGGUCAAGGACGCGAUGCCCAUUUGGUGCUAUCUCCCCAGCCUAGUGAAGACCCUAACGACCCCUUGAAUUGGUCUCUGGUGAAGAAGGAGGUCAUGAUUGCCAUUCUUUGCCUUGGGGCCAUGUUGAAUGCGGGGACUAAUGGACCAUUCCUCAAUGCUUCUUACUUUUCGAUGGCGCAACAACUUAAUUUAGACAUCAAUAAGAUUGUUGUAGCCUCCGGAUACAACCUACUUGCUGCUGGCUGCAUUGGACCACUUGUCUCUGCGUUUAGUCGCAAAUAUGGAAAGCGGCCCGUCUACCUAGUAUCAACCCUCUUUGAUAUCAUUGGUACCGCAAUUGGUCAAGCUAAGAUCGACUAUAAAUACCUCUUAGCUGCACGUAUUAUCCAAGGAUUCUCUACCUCAGCUUUCGAGUCCCUUAUAGUGGCCACUGUUGGCGAUAUCUAUUUUGUCCAUCAGCGGGGGCUCCGUAUCGCCAUUAUUAACUUUAUCUUAAACGCGGCUUCAAGUUUAGCGUCGAUUAUCUGCGGACAAGUUUUCGAAAGUCUCGGUUGGCUAUGGCUUUUCCAUAUGUUUCAGAUCUUCUUGGUUUUCCAAUUUGUUCUUAUGUUCCUCUUCUGUCCUGAAACUACUUAUAUUCGCGAGGACCGAUAUAACACUGAUGUCACGCGUAACGAGAAGUUUGAGGAGGUUGCAGUUAUGGAGCAAGAGCAUGAGAACCAAGGAGACGAGCAAGGUCGAGACGUAGGCCUCGAUACUCCAAAAAAGAAGACAUUCGCACAAGAACUUCAGGUAUGGAGUGGAGUAUACUCGAAAGACAACGUCAUCAAGUUUUUAAUUGGUCCUUUCCUAACUCUACUUAAUCCUGCUGCAUGCUACGCAGUUAUCGGUUCAGGAUUACUAAACAGCUGGUAUGUCGGCUCCGCAAUUAUCCUUGCAGGGAUUUUCUCUGGCCCUCCAUGGAAUUUCAACGCGGCGCAGAUUGGAUAUACGGGUGCUGGCCCUUUCGUUGGCGGUCUAAUUGGUUCUCUCUUCUGCGGAUUCCUUGGUGACUAUGUCAUAAAGGCGAUGACUAAGAAGAAUAAGGGUGUUUACGAACCAGAGUUCCGGCUUGUAUUUAUGCUCCCAGCCGGCAUUGCAAUGGGUGCCGGUAUGUUCUUGUUCGGAUAUACGCUGGAAAUUGGUGCACCGGCGGAGGUAUGUGCGUUCUUACAAGGUCUCAUGAUGUUUGGAGUCCUCAUCGGGAUUUUCGCAACUCUAUCCUAUGGUCUCGACUCCUUUCGAACCCAAAGUAGUGAGAUCUUUGUCAUGAACAUGCUUUUUAAGAACUUCAUGUUUUAUGGGCUUUCCAACUUUGCGAAUCCAUGGGUAGCUUCCAAAGGACCUGAAGAGAUCAUGUACGUGUUCGGAGGUACAUCCAUUUUCAUCUCGCUGUUGGGUAUCCCUGUGUACAUGUACGGAAAACGCCUUAGAAGCUGGUGGACACGUCAUGAUCUGUUCAAGACCCUGAAGAUGGAGACUUCUGGACCGGAAAGUCACAUGGGAUGA